AUGUUUGUACGAAGAUGUUGCGAUCGCUGCAACCAAUGGUUUCACGGCGAUUGCAUCGGCGUCGAGGCGAAGGAAGCCAGUAACAUCUCUUGCUUUUACUGUCCUCGUUGUCGUGAGAAGCAUCCUCAAUUGGUCAUCGUCUACAAAAGCGAUCGAGCUUCCGCCUCGAAAAAUAAGGUUAAGCGGAGAAGGAGACACAAAAUUGCCUGUGGCCAAUGCAUCGGCUGCUUUCACACUGAAGAUUGUGGUCAGUGUGACACGUGCAAGGAUAUGAAGAAAUUCGGUGGCCCCGGCAGGUUGCAUCUUAAGUGUAGACGUCGUCAAUGUGUUGGCAGGGGAUACGUGAGUUCCGAUGACGAAUCGAUGCUUUUUAAAAACGUUGCCAACGAGGUAUAUCGCGUUCGUUUUUGA